CAAUCUAACGAUACACUUCUAUCCAGCCAAAAGCCGACACCCAAAUUAUUAACUCACUACACAAUUUUACUAUUUAUUAAUUCUCAAAAUUCGCCGGAGCCUCUCAAAAAUGGCGGAAGCGCACGACUCCGAUGCUCGGAAUACCACCGUGCCUGUUGAGGAAGAAGAUGCAUCCAGUCAUCAAUCCAAAGGAUUGUCUAUUGACGAUCAGACCGUUUAUGAACCUCUCCGCCGUCUGAUCGCUGAGAUUUUCUUUCCCGAUGAAAUUAAGGGUUCUUUGUUUCAUCGCGUCAAGGUCUCCGUCGCUGAUAAUGGCCCUGCCGUUGGACAAGCUUGCAGAAACUUUGGUCACGACGUUCUUUCUUGGACUCGUAGGGGCAGUCCUCUUCGAGCGCUCCUUGUUAUCUCUGUUGGGACAAUUGUUCUUCUUGCAAUGACGGGAUCACUCAUCUUUCUGUUAUUCUUUCUGGCAGCCACUCUCAAUGCCAUUAUUAUCUCUCUUCUUGUAUCCUUGGCAGCAGUUGGAGGCUUCUUGGCUCUUUUCUUUGCUUGCGUAACAGCCAUAUAUGUGGGAGCAUUAGGAGUUGCUUUGUUUGUUAUAUCUACUGCAACAAUCUCAGCAAUUGUAGCUGUGGUGAUCGCCGCAGGUUGGAUUGGGUUCUUCUUUAUGGUUUGGCUAGCGAUAUGCAAAAGUUUUGGUCUUGCGAAACGGUCGGUGAGCGCAAGCAAUUCAGCAAUUUCAGCAUUUUCUUAUGCUAGGCGUGCCCACAAAGACUAGGUAAAUGUUUCAGAUCCUUUAAAUGAAUGCUAUGGAGUGGGAUAUGUUAUUGUUUCACACUUUUUCCUCAUCCUGAGUCACUUUUAGAAGAUCUGGUGCAUAUGUUACAUCGAGUUAAGGCCUUGUUAUUGUAUCCAUAAUGUGUAAUCUUACAAUGUAAAUAAUCUUUUAAUAGUAUAUUAUCUACUCUAUGGGUUUCUUUA